AUGUGGUAUAUUCUACCCUGGAAAGAUAUCGAUGAAUGCGAAACAAAUCCUUGUGGUGAAAAUGCAAAUUGUACAAAUGUAGAUGGUUCGUAUGAAUGUACCUGCCAUGAGGGCUAUGAAGGAAACGGCAAAAAUUGUACAGAUAUCAAUGAAUGCGAAACAAAUCCUUGUGAUGAAAAUGCAAAUUGUACAAAUGUAGAUGGUUCGUAUGAAUGUACCUGCCAUGAGGGCUAUGAAGGAAACGGCAAAAAUUGUACAGAUAUCAAUGAAUGCGAAACAAAUCCUUGUGAUGAAAAUGCAAAUUGUACAAAUGUAGAUGGUUCGUAUGAAUGUACCUGCCAUGAGGGCUAUGAAGGAAACGGCAAAAAUUGUACAGAUAUCAAUGAAUGCGAAACAAAUCCUUGUGAUUUAAAUGCAAAUUGUACAAAUGUAGAUGGUUCGUAUGAAUGUACCUGCCAUGAGGGCUAUGAAGGAAACGGCAAAAAUUGUACAGAUUUCAAUAAGUGCGAAGACAAUCCUUGCCAUGUGAAUGCAAAUUGCACCACUGUUAAUGGAUGGUAUGAAUGUAACUGUCACGAGGGAUAUGAAGGCAAUGGCACCAGCUGCACAGAUAUCAAUGAAUGCGAAACAAAUCCUUGUGAUGAAAAUGCAAAUUGUACAAAUGUAGAUGGUUCGUAUGAAUGUACCUGCCAUGAGGGCUAUGAAGGAAACGGCAAAAAUUGUACAGAUUUCAAUAAGUGCGAAGACAAUCCUUGCCAUGUGAAUGCAAAUUGCACCACUGUUAAUGGAUGGUAUGAAUGUAACUGUCACGAGGGAUAUGAAGGCAAUGGCACCAGCUGCACAGAUAUCAAUGAAUGCGAAACAAAUCCUUGUGGUGAAAAUGCAAAUUGUACAAAUGUAGAUGGUUCGUAUGAAUGUACCUGCCACGAGGGCCAUGCAGGAAACGGCAAAAAUUGUACAGAUGUCAAUGAGUGCGAAGACAAUCCUUGCCAUGUGAAUGCAAAUUGCACCACUGUUAAUGGAUGGUAUGAAUGUAACUGUCACGAAGGAUAUGAAGGCAAUGGCACCAGCUGUACAGAUAUCGAUGAAUGCGAGACAAAUCCUUGUGAUGAAAAUGCAAAUUGUACAAAUGUAGAUGGUUCGUAUGAAUGUACCUGCCACGAGGGCUAUGAAGGAACGGCAAAAAUUGUACAGAUAUACUACUCUAGUAAAAGACAUUUCAAUAAGUGCGAAGACAAUCCUUGCCAUGUGAAUGCAAAUUGCACCACUGUUAAUGGAUGGUAUGAAUGUAACUGUCACGAGGGAUAUGAAGGCAAUGGCACCAGCUGCACAGGUACAUCAUAA